AUGCCAGAUCAAGAUUCAACAGUUGAGUUAUUUUCAUAUCUUAUAACUGGUUAUUCUUAUACUGGUCUAGUUGAGUUGUUUUCAUAUCUUAUAACUGGUUGUCCUUAUACUGGUUUAGUUGAGUUAUUUUCAUAUCUUAUAACUGGUUGUUCUUAUACUGGUUUAGUUGAGUUAUUUUCAUAUCUUAUAACUGGUUAUUCUUAUACUGGUCUAGUUGAGUUGUUUUCAUAUCUUAUAAAUGGUUAUUCUUAUACUGGUUUAGUUGAGUUGUUUUCAUAUCUUAUAACUGGUUGUUCUUAUACUGGUUUAGUUGAGUUAUUUUCAUAUCUUAUAACUGGUUGUUCUUAUACUGGUUUAGUUGAGUUAUUUUCAUAUCUUAUAACUGGUUAUUCUUAUACUGGUCUAGUUGAGUUGUUUUCAUAUCUUAUAACCGGUUAUUCUUAUACUGGUUUAGUUGAGUUGUUUUCAUAUCUUAUAACUGGUUGUUCUUAUACUGGUUUGUUUGAGUUGUUUUCAUAUCUUAUACUGGUUGUUCUUAUACUGGCCUAG